UGACAUUCGAACGCGACGAUCGAAUAUUAUCAUGAUUAACAUCGGCAAAGGCAUAUCCUUGAGUGAGUCCGAGUGUUGUCGCAUAAUAUUGACUUAUUAAUUAAUAAACAAGUGCUCGUGCUAAAUGCAACUGUUUUAUGCAUUUUCCUGUGGCGUAGGUCGCGGUGUUUACUCUGUUUACGUGUAGGUUGUGAUUAUGGCGGUCUGGUCUCAGUGUUGAACCAGUGGGUGUUUUAUUUCUAAAAAACAAGCUCACGAUUGGCCGAAGAUGGAUCGGACAAUGUAUGGCAAGGUGCUGCCAGGCACUUAUUAUCCAUUCCGCUGUGCUAUGAAGGAGAACGGAAUAUCGCCCGGCUAUGCCUUGCUUGCGGACCUGCAGAACUCCAUCAACCCUGGCGCCCGCGUGGGCAGCCCCAUUGGCCGCACCGGCUCACCCAUCGGUCGCACCGGCUCCCCGGGGCGGGCGGUGUCGCCGGGCCGCGGCGCCUCGCCCGGCCGGCUGAGCUCGCCCGGCGGCAGCCUGUCCUCACCCACGUCUACGGGAUACGGCUCCAUCAAUGGAUCCAGAAAUAUCAGCUCAGACUACAAUAAGCCUGGUUCGCCCACAUACCAGAACACAAACUCGAUGGAAAGAACAAUACCAGUGAAAACUUACACCGGCAGCCAGGCUAGCUACGGUGGCCAUACGCCCUCCUACAACACCGGACAGUCCGGGUACGGCCGGACGACCGGAGGACGCGGCAACUUGUCCGAGCUGGACACUUUGCUAGACGACCUGAGCAACGCCCGAUACGGCAACUAUAUGGACAAGACAACGUACAACGAACGGACCGCGACGGAUGGGUACGCGCGCACCAAUGGAGCAACUAGUCCAGCUUCUUCCAGGCCUACGGUCGACUCCUUGCUGGACCAGCUUAGCACUGAUGUCACCAAUGGUCGGGCAUCGACGUCCCCCGUUCCUCCGUCGUCAGGCACGCUCCCCCGACCAGGCACCAGGCAAGUGACGGUGACGGUGCAAGAGACGGUGGUGGAACCGUCGCUGCCGCAGCCGCCGCCUCCGCUGCAGCCACCCGCGUCCGUGGCGCGCCAUCACCACGCCUCCAGCGCCACCAAGGAGCUGGACGACCUGAUGGCUUCCCUCUCGGACUUCAAGGUUAGCGGCGCAGGAGGCGAGGGCGGAACACACGUGUACCGCGAGAGGCACGCGUGGCAGGAACAUUACCGCAGCAACCCCAGACAACCAGAGCCAGCCUCACUCGAGCAUAUGCUCGGAUCCCUCCGAGCAGACAUGAGCCGCCAAGGAGUCCAAACCCCCCAGAAGGGGUGCUGCAACGCCUGCGAAAAGCCCAUCGUCGGACAGGUGAUAACCGCGUUGGGUCGCACCUGGCAUCCCGAGCACUUCACUUGCGCGCACUGCAAUCAGGAGUUGGGCACGAGGAACUUCUUCGAGCGCGAUGGCAGACCCUACUGCGAGCCAGACUACCACAACUUGUUCUCGCCCAGAUGCGCCUACUGCAACGGACCCAUCCUGGAUAAAUGCGUGACGGCCCUCGAGAAGACCUGGCACACGGAACACUUCUUCUGUGCCCAGUGCGGCCAACAGUUCGGCGAGGACGGCUUCCACGAAAGGGAUGGCAAGCCGUACUGUCGCGCUGAUUACUUCGAUAUGUUCGCUCCCAAAUGCGGCGGUUGCAAUAAGCCCAUCAUGGAGAACUAUAUCUCAGCGCUCAACACACAGUGGCAUCCAGAUUGCUUCGUCUGCAAGGAAUGCCAAACCGCCGUCAAAGGCAAAUCGUUCUAUGCCAUGGAAGGGAAACCCGUAUGCCCGAAAUGCGUUGGAGUCGAUGAAGACGAGUAAGGGAUGAUGCUACUGCCCCAAAAUGGAUGCCCUCCCCAAAUAUUUUUUUGCAGCUAUGCUCGCCGCCCCGGCGUUGGAAUGAAUGUACACAACACACAGAUGCUAUUCGAACACACAAACACACAAAACACUAUACAUACACGAGUCCAAGUAUAGCUUAAUUUAUAGGAAUUAAAUUAUGUAAUAUAUUUUUGUAAUAUUAUUGUAAAGCUAAGAUUUAUUUAUAAUAAAGAGAACAAAAUAAAAAAAAUAAAGAAUAAAAAUAAUUUAAAAAAAUCAAUAACAAAAACAAUAAUGAAAUAAAAGUCGCGGGAGAAAGAUGGCGGUGCCGUUUCUCCCGCGGCUGUCUGUCAAGGUCACGUGCGUACGCGCACGGCAAUGACCUUUUAUCAAUUGUUAUGUCGAACGAAGUAGGGCGAUGUCGAAAAAUGCCGCUAAACUGCAGCUAGGAAGGGGGUCAAGUGCUGCCCGGAUAGGGUUUCCCGUGAAGUGUGUCUCUAUUAAUAGUGUCGCUGGUGACGUCACGCCGGCGUCUCUGCAGCCACACCGGCUGCGUAAAUCAGGCCGCUUUGUUUAUGGGCCAUCGGAUCAAACGCUAUUUUUGACCGCGCUCUAAUUAUAAAUCGGUCGUUAGGCGACAAAUAUAACGGGCUUUCCCCACAACACGAAGAAAGCUUCGUUUCUAAUUAAAUUAAUAGGUCCUUUAAAGAAAUGACACAAUAUUACUCUGAAAAGACGAAAAACUUGACAUCAUAUUUGCAAUGUUGUUAGAAACUUUACGCUACGACGCACAAGCGAUCACAACGAGCACAGAUGAGCGGGAAAUAUGUAUGUAUACUGAAAAAGCGACGGAUAUAUGGCCCCAGGCCAAGCACAUUAUUAUGACAUACUCACAAGUACACAGAAUGUACAAAUUGUUCAUUACCCCAACUAGGCAGAGGAAUGACUAAUAUUCAGUAAAUAAUAUUCAGCGUUUGAAUAUUUAUGAAUAUUAUAUGCGUUAUCGUAGCAUAGGAAUAACAAACACACAAUCAACAAGAAAACACAAAACGAAAUUCUUUGGAUUUUUAAUACCUUCCUCUUAGGGACGUAUAUUUUUACCCUUGAGCCAGGGGGCAAAAUGAAAAAGUGCAAAUAGUAAUUGGCCCGGUUAGCCAUAUUUUAAAAUACACCCCUGCUUCGUCUACGAACAUGAUAUU